GACGAUAAAAGUUUAUUUAAAUCUUGGGCUUUUCUCUUCUUUUUUUUUCCCUUAUUUCUUUCUUUAUACAAUUAUGUCUGACGCAAAUCAUAACAAUAUGGGUCCUGUUUGUCCCGUUGACGACGAAGCUAGAGCUGUUUUUCACGAAGUCAAAGAUCAAGUUGUUGCAAAGCUUCAUGAGCUUAAGCAUGCGGAUCAUGUUCAUGGUUUACAUGAACUUGAUGAUUUAAAGGUUAUUGAGUGUUACAAACUUGUUGAAUACGCUAUCGAAGAAGUUGCUUAUGGAUUCAACUACUUUGGCAAGGUCGACUUGGGUGAUGAUAAAUAUAUUCAUGUUAGAUGUCACAAGUCACACGAUGGAAAGGUUGACUUUUACUCUAUCCUCACUGAGGGUACUGCUAUUUGGUCUCGUGAAGAACCUCUCAAAUAUUUUAUUGACUAAAUAGUAAUAAAUAAGAAGCGUAUUUCGAAUGUUAUUUCAAAAGCAACUCGCAAGUAAAAAAAAAAA